AUGCGCAGAUCAUCAGCACUUUUUCUACUCAUCUUUUCUUUUGUUGUAUAUUAUUAUUUGCGCACGCAGGCCAUGUACCAGAUGCUGGACCAGUGCUUCGUGGGCCUCAUCUUCUCCUGCUUCAUCGAGGACAAGAACACGAAGACGGGCCGCGUGCUGUACACCUGCUUCCGGUCCGUGCAGGCGCAGAAGGGCUCCGAGUACGAGCGCGUGGAGAUCCCGGUCCACGUCGUCCCCCGCGACGCCAUCGGCAAGGUGUGCCUGGAGUCCGCCGUGGAGCUGCCGCGGAUCCUGUGCCAGGAGGAGCAGGACACCUACCGCAAGAUCCACAGCCUGGCGCACCUGGACCCGGUCACCAAGAUCCACAACGGCUCGGUCUUCACCAAGAACCUGUGCAGCCAGAUGUCGGCGGUGAGCGGCCCGCUGCUGCAGUGGCUGGAGGACCGGCUGGAGCAGAACCGGCAGAGCAUCGUGGACCUGCAGCGGGAGAAGGAGAGGCUGGAGCGGGAGCUGGCCGCUCUGUGAGUCCGCUGCAGGGCUCCUCUGGAGGACCGGCCGGUGGAGGACCAGCAGGACC